AAUUAUUUAUGAGAUAAUAUCACGCUCAUAUUUAGACUCUCUAAACUAUGGCAGCUAGAUUAAGCUAAAAAAUCCCACAAAGAAGAACAGCGUUAAAUGAUAGUUAACAAAUGCUUAAUUAAUAAUUAUUAAAUCUAUCUGUUAAUUAAUCCUUUAACAGUCCUAAAAUAAUAUCUAAUCAACAAUCAUUUAUAAUUUCAUAACCAACUAAUCAUAGCAUGAGAGAAACAGCGAAAAGUGUACGUUUAGCUUCUCCAUCAUUAAGAAUACAAACUGAAAAAGUAGAAAAAGAGGAUAACAAAUAACAAUAAUUUAUUGAUGCAACAUUAAAAUUAUUAGCAUAGAAUGAGAAAUUAGAAAAAUUAAUUUGUGAAUAGAAUGAGAUGUUAACAAUGUAUAAGUAAGAUAAAUUAGAAUUAGAAUACAAAGUAUAGAAAUUAUCUUAAGAAAUUACCUUUCUAAAAGAUGCUAAUCAAAAGAGAGUGAUGGCUUUAGAAAAAGAGUUAAAAUAGGUGAAAGGAAAAUCUUAACAUUAACCAAAAAAAUUUCUUCGAUGA